CACCACUAACGUUUGUUUGCGGACCGCCAUAAUAAUAUAGAAGAAGAAUGUUGUCAUAUUCUCUUCCUGGUUGAAAAGAUGGCGGCUAAUCAAGCUUUGCGCCAAUUAGUCCCUCCAUCCCUGUCUGCUAAAGUUGAAGGCUCAUUUGCAUAUCUCACAGUGAGAGACCGGUUGCCGACCAUCCUGACAAGAGUCAUUGACACCAUCCAUCGCAACAAAAACAAGUUCUUUGAGGAGUUUGGAGAGGAGGGAGUCCAGGCAGAGAAGAGGACCAUUGGCUUUCUUUCUAAGCUGAGAAAUGAGCUGCUGACAGACAAGCCUGUCCUGGUUCUGUGUGAUGGCCUGGAGGACACAGACAGCUGGAACCAGUACCUCCAGAGACAGCAGAGGCUACUGGGGGAGCGGGACCCCGUCAGCUGGUUCAAGUCCCCCUGGCUCUACAUAGAGUGCUACAUGUAUCGCAGGAUACAGGAGGCCAUCUGGCUCAAUCCCCCCAUCAGCGACUUUGAUGUGUUUAAUGAAAGCAAGACGCAGAGUUUCUUUGAGUCCCAGCAGGCUGUGAUAUCCCUGUGUACAUAUCUACAGGGAUUCAACAGGAACAUGGAUGACCUCUCAGAGACACAGCUCAUGGAGCAGUUCCACAAACUACUACAGGUGUCUCUGUGGGGUAACAGGUGUGACCUGUCCAUCUCUGCUGGCAUGGAGAACUCUCAGAAGGCCAGUCCCAUUGACUCCCUGUGUGACCUGAAGUCUUUCAUCCUGGUGGACGACUCCAACAUGGUGUGGUCUGCUCUGACCUCUGCCCAGAGACCAGGGGAGGAUGGCAAAACCACCCCAGGGAGGGUGGACAUCGUCCUGGACAACGCUGGCUUCGAGCUGGUCACAGACCUGGUCCUCGCUAACUUCCUGGUGUCCGCUGGUCUGGCCAGGGAGGUCCGCUUCCAUGGCAAGUCCAUCCCCUGGUUUGUCUCCGACGUCACCUCGCACGACUUCCAGUGGACCAUCCGCCAGACCCUGGCGGCCAAUCACAAAUGGAUGUCCAAGAGCGGUGUCCAAUGGCAGAGCUACGUACGGGAGGGCGUGUGGUCCUAUCACGACCACCCGUUCUGGACAAUGCCUCAUGAGUACUGUGACAUGGCGGGUGACGCGCCUGACCUCUAUGCGACACUGCAGGGAGCCGACCUGAUUCUGUUUAAAGGAGACCUGAACUACAGGAAGCUGACUGGGGACAGGGAGUGGGAUCACAUGGUGCCGUUUGAUAGGGCACUGAGGGGAUUCGGCCCAGCUCCCCUGUGCAGUCUGAGGACUCUGAAGGCUAACAUCCAGGUGGGGCUCCAGCCGGGGCAGGGGGAGAACCUCAACACCCAGGACCCCAGCUGGAUGACCAGCGGGAAGUACGCUGUGGUCCAGUUCUCCAGCCCUCACAGGGAACAGUAGACCUGUCUGGGACAGGAAAUGACGUCAAUAUGUUCAUAAUAAGUGGUGUCAUCAUAAUCAGAGGAAGUAAGAGCGUGAGCAGGGCCAUAUGCCAGGUUAGAGGUGUAGUUUGUUUUGUCGUAGAACUACCUAAUGUAUUUAAAUGAGGAGAGUGGUUUAAAGGAGGAUGAUAGAGGAUACUUUAAAAAGAGGAGGGUAGUUAAAUAGGGAGUGGCUGCAGAACCGACUUCUCUGGGCUUCUGUGAAUGUGUGGUAAUCUCUACUUUACACACCGUCUCUGUUCUAUUUGUUCAGCUGCCCAGAGAAGAAGCUACUCUGGCGAAAGGUGCUUGUUUAAUAAAGUUAGAUCAAACUCAAAUCAUUGUAAGAUUACAUAAAGAUAAUAUUCUACAGAACCAAAUAAAAUAGCAUAGUAUAACAUUACUGUAUGACAAAAAACACCUAAUUUCUUAUAUUUUAUGAUGAUUGUGCUCAUCGUCACAUUUUUCUCUCAUGCGGUCUAAACUCAACAGUGCACGCCACUCAGCAAAGGUAUGCUACAGUUUAAUACCAUCUGCAAAAAAAUGUGCUCAAGGUACAUAACUAAUUCAAAACAACACUGUAGCAUACUUCAAAACAACACUGUAGCCUACACUCAAUAAUAUUUAAAUGCAUAUGCCCAUGAAACUGAUUGCAAAUGGUUGGUGUGCAGAUUCUGCAUGGAUGUUUCGCCACCGGUAAAACUUGGAAGAAUUAUCAUUCACGAUCGACAGUGAGAAAUGCGAAGGGAGGGUGACCAGAAGUUUGGGUGUGCGAGUUAAAGAAACACAUGCACAGAACGUGAGUGGGAUCUUCAGCUCUAGGGAAAGGGAUCCAGUGGGAUCUUCAGCUCUGGGGAAAGGGAUCCAGUGGGAUCUUCAGCUCUGGGGAAAGGGAUCCAGUGGGAUCUUCAGCUCUGGGGAAAGGGAUCCAGUGGGAUCUUCAGCUCUGGGGAAAGGGAUCCAGUGGGAUCUUCAGCUCUGGGGAAAGGGAUCCAGUGGGAUCUUCAGCUCUGGGGAAAGGGAUCCAGUGGGAUCUUCAGCUCUGGGGAAAGGGAUCCAGUGGGAUCUUCAGCUCUGGGGAAAGGGAUCCAGUGGGAUCUUCAGCUCUGGGGAAAGGGAUCCAGUGGGAUCUCCAGCUCUGGGGAAAGGGAUCCAGUGGGAUCUUCAGCUCUGGGGAAAGGGAUCCAGUGGGAUCUUCAGCUCUGGGGAAAGGGAUCCAGUGGGAUCUUCAGCUCGGGAAAGGGAUCUAGUGGGAUCUUCAGCUCUGGGGAAAGGGAUCUAGUGGGAUCUUCAGCUCUGGGGAAAGGGAUCCAGUGGGAUCUUCAGCUCUGGGGAAAGGGAUCCAGUGGGAUUGGGCUGUGACCUCUGGAUCCCCAGCCUCUGCCAUUUAAAUAAUGAUCAACUGCUGGUUAGCAAUCCAUCCUGGCAUAACUACAAAACAAUGACGUUUACUUCUCCCAUUUAACAAAUGUGUUGCCGGUUGUUUACCAUCAUUCAGUACUAGGGUCGGGCUCUACCUCGAUUCCAUUUCAAAUCCGUUCAUUUAGAAGCAUUGAAAUUCCAUGUCAUGAAUUGAAACAUGCUUAUCUGAUCUUAAGUGACUUUUUUCCAGCCAUAUUAUGUAAUUUAUGUAAUGUUUUUGUCUCCCCAACAGCGACUACACAAAAUCUAGAUUUGAGAUGCAUUUAAUUCAUAAUCAGAGGCAAUAAGAUGCAAGGUGCAAUUUGAACAUUUACAUGUUGGCCUGUCGUGAAUAGUUUAAAAUUGUUAUUUUAAGUUGAGACCUUGUAACAUGUUAAGUUGAGACCUAUGUAACACCCAAAGCCAGCGGCUAUUUUUUAGCCAUUUAUUUUGCAUGAGCUUGGCAAGACAUUACAGAGUAACUUGUGGUUGCUGGUAUUUUCUGGGUCUUAAUCAACGUCAUCAGUUUGUCUUGUCAAUUUAUUGCAUGCGUUUUUGUUUGCAUACAUCGGGGUUUGCACAGUGACCACAGUCCCGGAGUUUACAUUUUCAUAGUUAAAUAACUGAAGUUGAACUACAAGGUAAUGUUCCCACUCUGGGAAGCUAUAGAUAAAUCAUAGUCUUUGGGGCAGUGCAAUCACACGUACAAGGUGUGUGUUGUUAAAAGAAUAGCACUAACACCUGUCUAAUGAUGUAUUUCUGUUUGUUUGAUAGUACAAAAUGUUAUUUACGACUCAUUAGAAUGUCUCUGUAACCAGUGCUGGUGCCGUUGUGAUCCUAAAUGACUGGAUUGUUCUCUUUGCAGAAAUCUGGAACAAAAAUUGUUAUAUUAUGAUGGACUUGGUUUAAAUAAAGAACUUCAAUGACUGG